AUGGAUGACGAAGGGAAAACAACCUUGCAUUCAGAAUGUAAAAUGACAGAAGCCAAACCCAAUGAGUGUGUGAAUGAUUUUUGCCACCCGUCUGACGAAAAAUUUGACUUUGACCUUUCACUGUCUCCUACAAGUGAAAAUGAGGAUGAACUUUUUGUCGGGCCCAUGGGCCAUAAAGAAAAAUGCAUUGCGACGGCUCUUGAAGCAACGAAAGACACAAUUCCUCCAUCACCCCUUGCAGAUGAACUAACACAGAGCCCCGUUUCUGAGGAGAAAUUUGUGGAGAUUUUUAAGGAAGCUCACUGGAUAGCAAUCCAGAUACAAACUGGAAGCAAAGCGAAAAAGAACAACGGUCGCCAGCUGGAAGAGCGAAAGACAGAGGCUGUAGAAAAAUUUGUGCAAGAAUCUAAAUCAAAACUGAAACUCCUUGAGAAGGAAUAG